AUGAAGCGCAGUUGGCGCAUCGACCUCGAGACUUUCCCAAGCGAGCGCGACAUCUACGCUAGUCUUGAAUCGGCGACCGAGGGCGACGAGAAAGUGCCCCACCUACCAGGUUGUUACUUCGGAGGUGAUGUGCCAGUCGACUCGGAGAAGCUAGCGGCGGACUACUUCCGGUGGAAACGGGAGGCGCAGGAGGAAGAUGUGUGGACCCCGUCUAUAUUACCUGUGGUACCCACCAGGACUAGGACAGCUGAUUAUGCGGAUGAACAUGCGGACGACGAUAAUCUUCGACGCCGCGUUUCUGUUGUGGGCCAGGCGCUUCUCACGGAUGCGGAUAUAGAGAUGCUACCGUAUAUUCUUACGGUGACACUCUUCCGAAGGAUAGGCGGCAGGUUGCGUGAUUUCAAAAGUACUCGCCAUCUCUGCAUUGCGCUCCGCGAUGCCCUGGAAGCCCACGAUGUCGCGUACCGUCUUAAAGGCGUGCUUCAUCGAGACAUCAGCGAGGGGAACAUUCUCAUAGCCAAGAUAAAGGGCAAAGCGGGCGCCAUUGAAGGGCUUUUGAUUGAUUGGGAACUCAGCGUUCACAUCGACAGUCAGGGUAUCCCGCGCCGCAAGAGCCGCACAGGCACAUGGGCGUUCAUGUCUGCUCGCAUGCUCGAGCAUCCUAAGGGUUUCGUACACGAUGUCCGCGACGAUCUGGAGUCGUUCUGUCAUGUUCUGUACUGGCAUGUUCUACGAAUGCGGCAUACCAUAGACGUAACACAGAAAGGGCGUCUGUGGGAUGUAAUGGGGAAGAUCUUCAACCCGGACGAGAGUCAGGACACUCCUCAAUCUGGUGCUGACGAAAAACGUCAAUAUCUCCGAUGCACCACCGAGGCCAUCAACCAGGCAAGGGGCCAAGUUCUACCAGAGGGGCUACGCUUCAUUAUGGCUGAUAUGUGCACGCCAUUCGGGAAGAUGUAUGCCGCCCCACCGACCGAGCUGACGCCUUUGGAAAGCUCGAAUUUUGCUCUACGAGCCAAAUACGACGCUGCUUGUUCGCAGCACACAAGCACCGUCAUCGAGGGAACCAAUGAGUGCACUGCCCAGCACUUCCUCACGAUGAUGAACACCUAUCUCACGGACCAGCAGUGGUGGGUGGGAGAUAGCGGCGCCCAGGAUCAGUAUCCCCCCCACAUCCGCAAGGCGAGGGAGGAUAACAAGGAUAUUGCGAAAUUCUACAGGGUGACGGAGGCUGGUGUCAGCAUCAGUAGACCGUCAGAAGUUGCACGAGCGCCGUCCAUGCAUGUGGCUCGCGGAACCGAAGCCGAAGACUGGCGCGCAUACAGCAGGGGUUCUGGCCGCACACCCAGCAGCACGGGAUCUGGACGUUUAUCCAGCAGCAGGGAAGCUGAUUUAGACACCACUACAGAUGCUAGUGACGAUGCGGAAGGGAGAGCGCGGAAGAGACAGCGUCUGUCCAUGUAG